AUGGUGGCCGUUGAAUUAAUUGAAAGUUUAUAUGCAAUUCAAACAACAAAACUAGAAGCAGGAAGUGUUGAACGUGUUGAUGAUUGUUGUCCACAACAUUUAGUGCCGUUUGAUUGUAUUAAAAAAUUAGGUGGCAUAUGUCAUGCUGCCGACUAUCCAAAAACGACGGGAGACUGUAAUCCAACAGCUUGUAAACCAUUUGCCUCGUUUAAUAAAGUUACACAACUUAAAUCGAAGAAUGAAGAUGAUAUGGUUACCAUUAUUCAAGAGUCACCUUUAUUUGUCGGUAUUGAUGCCAGUGAAGCUUCAUUUCAAUUUUAUACUUCUGGCAUAUAUGAAGAUAGUGCGUGCAAUCAAACUGAAAUAGAUCAUGCUUUACAACUAGUUGGAUAUGGUAAAACAGUAGCAGGUGACUUAUAUUGGAUAUGUAAAAAUAGCUGGGGUCAAACAUGGGGCGAAAAUGGAUACAUUCGAAUUUUACGAGGAAAAAAUAUGUGUGGCAUCGCUACCUUAGUACUUCAAGUUUCUUAA